UCUCUUCCCUACUCAGAAACUACACAGCAGGAAGCAACACAUAACAUAUUCUCAUAACCCUUUGUUUUUUUGUAGCUUAAGUUGAUUUUAAUUUCAUCAUGGGUGUUGUUAGUGAUGAAUUUUCCACCCCUGCUGCUGUGGCUCCUGCUAGGCUUUUCAAAGCCAUGUCAACUGAUUUCCACAACGUCUUCCCUAAGAUUGUUGAACCCAUCCAGAGUGUUGAAUUCAUCGAAGGAACCGGGGCUGCUGGAACCAUCAAGAAGAUGACCGUGCUUGAUGGUGGUGAAAGCAAGUAUAUGCUGCACAGAGUUGAUGAAGUUGAUGAGAAAGAGCUUGUGUACAACUUCAGCAUAAUUGGGGGCACUGGGUUGGCUGACCCAUUGGAGAAGGUCCAAUUUAAGAGCAAAUUUGUGGAAGGCCCAAAUGGGGGAUGCAUUAGGGAGGUCCAAGCUCAAUACUUCACCAAAGGUGAUACCACCCUCAGUGAGGAGACUGUGAAAGCUUCUCAAGCCAAGGUGAAUGGGAUUGUAAAGAUUGCUGAAGGUUUCCUUUUGGCAAAUCCUGAUUAUAAUUGAUGUAUGGAGCGUAUUUUGAAGUAAUAAGGACUUGGUUAUGGUGGUGCUAAGUAAUCAAUAACCUCCGGUUCAUGUAUUGCUGCAUGCUGAGGCUUGAGGCUUUUUGGUACAUCUUUUAAUCUUUCUCAAGUUGGUUUGGACUAUCUUGUAUGUCUUCAGUGUUUGCUGAAAAUUGAUCAUGUCUUGCCUUUGCUCGAUUGAGUAUAUCAGAUAAAAUUCAUAAAAAUAGGAUUGCCAAAUGGAAAAUUUGGUCUAUCACUCUAUCUUUUUUAUUUUAUUAUUUUUCUGAGUCAACUAAUUAAUGAAGUUGUCUUUUUCUCGGUUUGAACGAA